UUCAAACAUACAGUUUUUGUCAUUUUCUCAUUAUUGACUAGACUCUUCAGUCUUUAUUUACUUUUUGUGGUACAUAGUUCACUCUUCAUUUAUUCCUUCUCCUUUCCUAUUUCUAGCUAUUCCAUUUCAAUUGAUCUACUUCAAAACCAUAUGUUAGCAAUUAAUCCAUCUGAAGCCAUACAUCUUACCAAAUUUGAGUUCAUUACUACCUCUACUGUACCAGAACCAGGACGAAGAAAGAUUGGUGGUUUUUUUUAAUCGUUUGAAUGUAAGAAAGAGACCAAGCUAAUUGACAUGGAGAACUUUCUGACUAGUGAAAGAACACCUGCAGGUGCAACCGCUUCCACCCAACAUAGUUUUUCACCAAUUGAUGAGGAAGUAGUUGGUUUUGAGGAUGAAACAGAGAGUAUAAUUCGACAAUUAACUGGAGGAACAAUGGAACUUGAUAUUGUCUCAAUUGUUGGAAUGCCUGGACUGGGUAAAACAACUUUGGCUAGAAAGGUGUUCAAUCAUUUUAUUGAUAAUAAACACUUUGACUUUCGAGCAUGGUGCUCCAUUUCAAAAGAAUAUAGCUUGAGCAAAGUGUUCUCUGAUAUUCUUAAACAAGCUAUAGGCAAUAUCAAUGGUAUGAGAGAUGAAGACAUGCCUGACAAGUUGCGCAGGAGUCUAAUGCGCAAGAAAUACCUCAUCGUAUUAGAUGAUGUAUGGGACGUUAAGGCAUGGGAAGAGUUCAGAUUAUCUUGCCCACAGGAUGAAAAUGGAAGCAGAAUAGUGCUAACAACUCGAGAUGAAGAAGUGGCUAGGCAGCUUAAGCACCACAGUGAUCCAUAUUUUCUUCGAUUUCUCACAGUGGAUGAGAGCUGGAAAUUACUUCAGAAGAAAGUAUUUCAAGGAGAGAUUUGUCCCCCAGAGCUACUCAAGGUGGGAUUACGAGUUGCCAAAAACUGUAAGGGAUUACCAAUUGUCAUAGUCUUGAUUGCUGGAAUUUUUGCAAAGCAAAGGCAAGUCUCUUUUUGGAAUGAGGUCGCAAAUGAUUUAAGUUCCCAUGUUUUAGAAGAGCAAAGCAUGAAGAUAAUAGAAUUAAGUUACGACCAUUUGGAAGACUAUUUAAAGCCUUGCCUUCUUUACAUGGGAUUGUUUCCGGAACACUACAAAUAUCCAGUGUCCGAUUUGCUGAAGUUGUGGAUGGCUGAAAAUUUUGUACAGAACAUGGACACAGAGAACAUGGAGGAAGCAUCUAAGAUUUGCUUGAAUGAUCUAGCGAACCGAAGCCUAGUAGUGGUUACUAAAAGGAGAGUUAAUGGUGAGAUAAAGUACUGCACUCUUCAUGAUGUAGUGCAUGAGUUUUGCUUGAGAAAACUUACAAAGGAAAUGUUUAUGCAGCUCGUAGUCCCGUAUAAUCCCUGCAAGCCUUCAGAUGCAAAAGUGUCUCGGUUAUGCAUGUAUGUCCAUGACGAUCUUGUCAAACAAUUGGUGCAGAAUGAAUAUUCGUUGGAUAAGAUUCCAAUAUUGACAGGCUUGAAGGAAGGGGAGUUCAUUGCUCAUCCAAAAUUCUAUGCGUGGGAUCAGAUAAGUCUUUUUCCUUUACUUGACAACUUUAGAUUUAUGCGGGUGUUGAAUUUGUUGGAUAUCUACUUGGAAAGUUCUUGGGCUUCAGCAAUGCAAGCACUAACUCAAUUGAGGUACCUUGCAAUUCGUACGAAAGAAUUUGAUUUCCAAUGGGUAUCACACCUGCUCGAUCUACAAACUUUGCGGGUGGUGUGGGAAGAUUCAACUAGAAUGCAUUUAAAGACAUCAUCUGCUAUUUGGAAAAUGCAAAACCUACGGCAUGUGGAUAUCAACGAAUUUUCCUUCAAAUGGGAAGACAAUGAUCGAGCAAUUUUCGAAGAAUAUUCAGUCUUACCGAACUUAAAGAGUUUUGGGAAGUGUCGUGUAUACUUGGCUGAUAUGAGUCCGGAGUUCUGGUGGAAAUUUCCAAAUAUUGAGGAACUAAAGCUCCGAAUCGUUGAACCCAAAUAUUGUUCCGUUGUGCAACCGGAAGUUGAUAUGCCGAAUCUUGAAGAACUCCAACUUCAAUCUCUCGAAGUGGGUUUCUCAACCUACAUAUCUAUUGGAUUGGGCGGCUGUAUUGCCUUCCCUUCAAAUUUAAAGGAUUUGUCCCUUCACAGUAUUUUCCUAACAGAAAAAAUCGUCUCAAAUAUUGCAAGACUGCGAAACCUUGAGAGACUCAAACUCCGUAGAAUAUACUUCAGGGGUAAAGGAUAUAGCAGAUGUUGGGAUACCAGUGAUUACAAGUUCCAAGCACUCAAAGUCGUGAAACUACACUUUGUUCUUAUGACAGAAUGGCGCUCCUUGGAGACAUCCUUCCCCAUGCUCGAGAAACUAGUUAUAGAUUAUUGUUGGAGGCUUCAAGAGAUCCCUUCCAGCUUUGCGGAUAUCCCAACACUAAAGUUGAUUAAGCUGAUUCGCUGCAGUAAGUCACUUAAGAAUUCAGCUCUGAACAUUAAAAAAGAAGUAGAAGAGAAGACAGGAUGUGACAGUCUCCAAGUUCAGUAUGCGGCCCGGUGUCAUUAAAUAAGGGAAAUCUGCAUGGUGUAGCUAACAUUAGACCUUAUUUUUAUCUAGUCGCUAUACUUCAAUUUAUUUACACCUCGUAGCUAAAAGGUGUAUAUCAAUUACACUCCAUAACUAAAACAUACAAAUAGGUUAAAAUAAAAAAGCAACCCCUGUAUCCACAUUUUUCUCUCUCCUCCCUCCCUUGUCUCUCCCUUCCCUCUCUCUCUAAGCUCUCUUUGUAUGUACAGGACUCUUCGUUCCCUACUUCUUCUUCAUCUUCUUCGUCUUGUUGCUCCUAUUCUUCAUAGAAAUUAAGUUUAGAUCUCUGAGUAUUUCUCAAAUCUCUGAGUAUUUCUCAGAUCGGGGUGUAAUGGUGUUGUGGUGGCUCAAAUCUACCCGGCGAUUAUGGGAGUGAAAGUGGCAGUGAUUUUUUUAAUUUUCUGGUUGUUUUGUCGUUUUCAGCAAGCAUGGUCGGUAUUUUCUCGCCGCCGGUAAUACCAGAUCCGGUCGUUUUCCGGUGCCGGAUUUGGAAAAUAGUGUUUCUUUUAUGAGUGAAUUCAUUAAUUUUUUAG